AUGUCGUGGCUCUUCGGCAUCAAGGGCCCCAAGGGCGAGGGCGCGGGGCCGCCGCUGCCCCUGCCGCCCGCGCAGCCCGGGGCCGAGGGCGGCGGGGAGCGCGGCGCGGGGGCGCCGGCGCCCAAGGACAAAUGGAGCAACUUUGACCCGACGGGCCUGGAGCGCGCGGCCAAGGCGGCGCGCGAGCUGGAGCACUCGCGGCACGCCAAGGAGGCGCUGAGCCUAGCGCAGAUGCAGGAGCAGACGCUGCAGCUGGAGCAGCAGUCCAAGCUCAAGGAGUACGAGGCCGCUGUGGAGCAGCUGAAGAGCGAGCAGAUCCGCGUGCAGGCGGAGGAGCGGAGGAAGACGCUGAGCGAGGAGACGCGGCAGCACCAGGCUAGGGCCCAGUACCAGGACAAGCUGGCCCGGCAGCGCUACGAGGACCAGCUGAGGCAGCAGCAACUCACCACCGAGGAGAGCCUGCGCAAGCAGGAGGAGUCAGUGCAGCGGCAGGAGGCCCUGCGGCGAGCCACGGUGGAGCGGGAGCUGGAGCUGCGGCACAAGAACGAGAUGCUGCGGGUGGAGGCCGAGGCCCGCGCGCGCGCCAAGGCCGACCGCGAGAACGCCGACAUCAUCCGGGAACAGAUCCGCCUGCGCGCCGCCGAGCACCGCCAGACCAUCCUGGAAUCCAUCAGGACGGCCGGCACCCUGUUUGGGGAAGGAUUCCGCGCCUUCGUGACGGACUGGGACAGAGUGACAGCCACGGUGGCCGGGCUGACUCUGCUGGCCGUCGGGGUCUAUUCCGCCAAGAAUGCCACAUCUGUCGCGGGGCGCUACCUGGAGGCCCGGCUGGGGAAGCCCUCCCUGGUGAGGGAGACCUCGCGGAUCACGCUGCUGGAGGCUCUGCGGCACCCGGUGCAGGUCAGCAGACGGCUGCUCAGCAAGCCCCAGGACGCGCUGGAGGGCGUUGUGCUCAGUCCCAGCCUGGAGGCCCGAGUGCGGGACAUCGUGAUCGCCACGCGCAACACGCGCCGGAACCGCAGCCUGUACAGGAACAUCCUGAUGUACGGGCCGCCGGGCACCGGCAAGACGCUGUUCGCCAAGAAACUGGCACUGCACUCGGGCAUGGACUAUGCCAUCAUGACGGGCGGGGACGUGGCCCCCAUGGGGCGGGACGGUGUGACCGCCAUGCACAAGCUCUUCGACUGGGCCAGCACCAGCCGGCGGGGCCUGCUGCUCUUCGUGGACGAGGCCGAUGCCUUUCUCCGGAAGCGCGCCACGGAGAAAAUCAGCGAGGACCUCCGGGCCACCCUGAAUGCCUUCCUGCACCGGACCGGCCAACACAGCAGCAAGUUCAUGCUCGUCCUGGCCAGCAACCAGCCCGAGCAGUUUGACUGGGCCAUCAACGACCGCAUCGACGAGAUGGUGCGCUUCGCCCUGCCGCGGCACGAGGAGCGGGAGCGCCUGGUGAGGAUGUACUUCGACAAGCACGUCCUCAAGCCGGCCACGGAGGGCGCAGGGCGCUUGAAGCUUGCCCAGUUUGACUAUGGGCAGAAGUGCUCCGAGGUGGCGCGGCUGACGGAGGGCAUGUCCGGCCGGGAGCUGUCCCAGUUGGCUGUGGCGUGGCAGGCCAUGGCCUACGCCUCUGAGGAUGGGGUCCUCACCGAGGCCAUGAUGGACGCCCGGGUCCAGGAUGCAGUCCAGCAGCACCGGCAGAAGAUGCAGUGGCUGAAGGCUGACGGCGGCGGGCCUGAGGGCAGCCCGUGCCCGGCCUGAACACGGCUGAGCAGACUCGGCCCCGACACCGGGCCAGGCGCGUCACCACGGAGCCCCGAGGCGCCUGGUCACUGGCGGGUGGUGGGCUCUGCAGUCCCACCCGGUGCACAGCUGGGGCGGCACCGGUCCCCAGGCCCCGGGAGGUGCCCACACUGGCCAGGUGCCCGCUGAGCCCCCACGGCUGACUGACCUGCCGUCGGGCGGCCUGGCCGCGGGUGGACCAGCAAGGCCGCGCCUGACCUUGCGCAGUUCCACCCCAGAGCGGGUGAGGGGGGCUCUGUGCUGCCCAGGGCCCCAAUUUGCCUGGGGGGGCAUUUCUGAAGCCUGAGACCCACUGGCCAGUGGGGGGGGGGCACCCAGAGGAGCCCCGGCUCCCCCAUGACUGGAGGUGGGGCCUUUUUAUCCAGAACCUAAUAAAAUCUGAUGUGAUGACUCAGUCUCUGUAUCUGCUCUG